CCUCUAGACCUAAAAUCAGUUCUUGGCCUAGUGGGUUAUAGGGAACUCUUGGAUUUUCCACCAGUUGCCCUCUUGUGCGAAGUGACCAUCCCUUCAGGAUAUGUAGUAUUAUCUCGCCUAAACCUUCAAAAUUAUGGAACUUAGUGCUAAACGUAGCCUGCCAUCAGGGUUGCUGAUGAAUUUCAUCACAUUCAAGCCAUCUAUGAUUACCCGUGGAGUUUUGGCACCCACCAUCUGCACACAUUAUCCUCAGAGCCGAUGGUAAAUACAACUAGACCCUCAUUAUGCAAAGCCUCCCAGGGGCUACAGCUUUCGCAGAUUACAGUCCUGAUGAUAGAAAUAUUUGUAGAAAUUUCAAUCGAGUUAGAGGCUGUACUCUUCACGAGUGUCACUUCGCCGAUGUUUGCAACCGUAAGGUAAAUGAAAAGGCGUAUGGGCGUCUCUCCUUUUACUCAUACGAAGGGCUAACGCAUGAAACGUCAGCUUUAGAAAUUCUUUUAGAAUCCUGUUUUCAAAUUCAUUGUUUUUCCGAGGAAAAAAAUCAGAGAUAAUUUUCCGCCUGAAAACAAAGGCUAUCAGUUCGAUUUCUCUCCAAACAAAGAAGGAUCAUGAAGCGCGUUCCUCCUAUUUAAAGUUCAUUUAAAUGUUCUGUGAAAGCCUAGUUUCUACAAUUUGCAUCAACCAAUUUUCCUGGCAUAAAGCGCGUAUUUUAUCAUAAAAGAAAAGACAAAAAUAUAAACGUUUUUAAAAGGGCAAGAGGUCCAUAGCGAGAACAAUUAUGUUCGGGGUCUUGAGCGUAGCCGAUGGCCAUUAGAGACAUUAAAACGCCAAUCUCCAAACAAAUUACCACGAUCUUAUUAGCGCGACCUUCCUUGCCAUGCAAGGAUGGGUUGAGGUUAAUUUGCGUUUAUUAAUCUUUAAAGGAAGAGCGAAAGAUACCAAAAUAUCGAAAAAAAUCCCGGUGCACCGGCUACUGUCGAUGAAAAUAAGGAUAAAGCAUUCCGACCUGCUAGGAUGCGUCAGAAAGACAGCCAAAUUGACAUAUAA